ACAAACAACGAAGAAGAACAGGCCCCGCCUCUUUAUACUAACCGCCCAUAUUUGAAAAUAACGUCUGUUUCAGCAACGAGCCGUAAAGUGAGUAGAGCUGAAGUAACAUCAUGACGUCCAUCACUGAUCCAAACUCCAGUGUCAGGUUCACCAGUGCAAUGGAGGAGAGCCACAACAAACUGCUUAAAGAAUAUGGGGAGAUAAUGGACACAUCUACAGAGUUGUGUCAGUCCCACAGACAGUUUGUGAAGUCGGCACUUGAUACUUGUUUAAAGAAAUGCAAGGAUGAUGAGAUGCUGUUUGAGACGAUACAGACAUUCAAAAGGGAUGUUGAACAGAAGACUGUAUCAUUGAAGCAGAAACAACAUGAUAUUUCUGAAGUCAUAUCUGAAAUCCAGCAGAAGGAGAUGCAGAAAGAGGAAAUCAUUCAGAAAAUAGAGAAACUUAAACGGGAACAAACCAAGAGAAAAGAGUUUAUAGAGUCUCAAAAUAAAGCAAACAAAGACAGACUGAAAAAUCUCCAGAAAGCGAGAUUAGUCUUUCAGGAUCAUUUGGGGAUGGAGAUACGAACAAUUCUUGGCAAAACACAAUUGGUAAAAGGUGAAAAGUUGCAGUUUGUUUUCCGGAAUAUCAACCCCUCAAACCAAGACAGCGCCUACAUUGUCACAAUGGGGAUUAAAGAAGAUGGAGCUUACCAGAUUGUGUCUAGUGACCCAGCGCUCGAGUGUUUGCCGGCAUUGGAACGUCAACUUCAGGAGACCAAUAACUUACCAGCAUUCCUGGCAAAUGUCAGGAAGGAGUUUAUCUCUCAGGCACGCUGCUGAGAUCAGAACGAUGGAGGGACACAAAAACAUUCCUGCUACACUGUGGACUAAUGUAAACAAGGAAGAACCAUAUGAGAAGAAUAAUCUUUUUGUAGAGCAGGAGAGUUUUUAAUCUGUAUCUACACCCCUGUAAACAACACAUUAUCUAAUGUGUGUGUAUAUGGAUCUACAGUUCAUUUUGGGGGCAUAAAAAAAAAAGCCCUCCUGAAAAAUCUGGACUAUAUACAGUCUAUAUUUUUGAGCAUUUUUAUAUUGCAGUUCACUAGACAAAGAGUUUUUCCUUGAAAUUGGGUGGAUAUGGUCUUGUGUGUGUAUCUACUCAAAUCCAGAAGUUUUCUACAGGUAUGUUCUUUAAAAGCAAAGAUAAGUAAAGUAAUUGAAAAUUCACGUAUUGAUAUAAACAGUUUUCAUAAAUGUUUUCAUGUAUUUACUUGUUUUUCAUUAUACUUUUAUUUUCCUGUGUUCCAUUAUUAAAACACAUUGAAUUUUUUUACAAUACUUCACUACGCUUGCAUAUAAUGUGGCUUGAAUAAUGAAAAAAUCUAACAACAAUGCAAAAUAACUACAAAGACCAGUGACAAAAAUCAUCUCGACUGUCGGCAAAGUGUGUCAUCAAACUGAGUGAUAUUGGAUUUAUUAAUGAUUUUAAAACCAUGAAUAUCAUUAGUCGGUACAUAGAUGGAAACAUGAUUUGUUAUAAGACUUCUCUUCCAUGUCUUCGUCAUGUAUUGUAGAAGUGAUUCCUCAAUUCAUGGUGACUUUGUAGUUUUUUAUACUCAGGCAUCAGAUGAUUUGACGCUGUUUAACACGGGCAGUUCCUCCACAUAGGUUGAUGGGAAAUGUCCCGUCUUUCCCUUAAGUUUACCGAACCACCAACCAUUGUCCUCUUUUGUGUAAAUGUCUAGAAGAUCUCCUGUGAAAUACAAACAAAUCCUUACAUUAGUUUUUCCAUAUUCCUCUUCUGUCAUUUUAUAUCAUCUGCAGCUUGUAGCUCACCUUCUGUCAAGGUCAGUUCAUCCACCUGUUCAGUUUGGAAGUUGUACAGAGCCUUGCAUUUCCCUAGACAGCAGAACUCUGGUGUUGUUUGACCUUUAAAUUGAAAAUAUUUUUCACGUUAUUGUGAAUGUAUGUGAUUAGAAAUAAAUCGUAGUGUAUGAAAA